AUGGGUAUGCCCUUCAAUAACAUCUGUCCACACACCCUAUCGCAGAUCCGACACUGUAUUCCAAGUAUUGAAUCCAUCAGGCAUCAAACCUUGAAUGAAUUUCUACAAAAAUCAUAUUGGACAUUAGUAGCUUCAUCGGAAACACAAAAUGGUUUGAACGAAGAGAUUAAACGUGAUAACAGUAAUAAAAAGGUCUACGAUGAGUGCAUCAAAAUCGCACAUAACAUUUUACCGUACAAGAAGGAACAUUUCAGCAGCAGUCCCGGCUAUUAUGCCAUUAUCUUAGAACAAUUCAAGGAGAAGAAUACCCAAUGGCAUAUACAAAAAAUUCUGGAGAAAAUGUUCUCACUCAAUAUUAUCGAUGUAAUCGUUAUAACACCGAACUCCGAAGGGAAUGCGUAUGCGGUAUAUUCGUUUGAAGUUUUCAGCAAAGAGAACUGUCGCAUUGUGAAGCCAACGAUUAUAAAUCGUUUCGUAAAGGGGCGUUUCGACAAUCGUGAGCUGUUUCCAAAUAAAUUGAGGAACUUUCAUAAUUGCACCAUACGCGUGUUAUCACGUGAUGUACCGCCAUUUUUCACAUAUAAGCAGAAGAAUAACGGUACUAUAAUAAUGAAGGGCGUCGAGGCGAAAUUGUUGAAUGCCAUCGCCGAAUAUUUGAAUUUUCGCAUAGAACCCAUUAUAAAUCGGGAGUACUAUUGCGGUGACGUUUAUCCUAACGGUACUACGACAGGUCCAUAUUAUCUGCUGGAUAAAAAUUAUGUGGACGUACUUAUGGGUUACUUUUUCUAUGCGGCACAUCGUAUUGCCUUCUUGGAGGAGAGCUUGUCAUAUUUCACAACCGCUUUGGUUGUUAUUGUAAAGCGUAAUCCACCUGCCUCGGACCAUAUGUGGAUGUUGGAUCCCUUUCAGUUGAAUACGUGGUUAUCGCUGGUGCUAAUGAUUGUUACGGUUAUUUUAUUUAUGUGUAUCCUGCACUUGCGUUAUCAGUACGGUAAUUGGUUGGAUAUCAUUGGCAGCAUCUUCGGUGAACCUCGUGCGGUUUUAACCCGAAAUUACUUCGCACGCUUCGGCAUUACUUUCUGGUAUAUCGGUUUCGUAUUCAUCAGCAGCGCUUACCAAGCGAAAUUAUUCGUUUCGUACAAGCGACCAUCACCUGGCUUGCCACACACCAUAAAUGAUUUGCAACGCAAUAAUUUUACAUUUUUGGUACACAAAGAUAUGAAUCUGAAAUAUUGGCUACCUGAUAUGAAUAUACCUCCAAACCGCAUAAAGUGUAUUAACAAUUCGGUCUUUGAGGAGCUCCUCAAUUCUACUGGCAAUGUGGCAACACUGGCGACCGUCGCGCGCAUGCAUUAUUUUGAACAUCAGCGGCAGUUGAGUGGCGUUUUCGAUCAGGUUCCCGAAACAGUGCAACUACCGGAGAUUUGCGCUUACUUUCAACAUCAUUCGUACCUCGUAAAGCCCUUCAACCAUGUUAUUUCGAUUAUGCGUAACAGUGGCUUAAUUUCACGUUGGUAUGGCAAAGCUCUAACGGACUCAAAUGGACCGUUGAAAAUACAUCGCAGCGGUAAUCCGAAAAGUUUGGAUUUGCACAAAUUUUCCAUUGUUUUCUACUUGCUCUUCUGCGGUGAAGCUAUUGCUUUUAUUGUGUUUAUCAUUGAAGUAAUAAUUGCACGCAACAAGAAAUAA